AAUUUAUGGGAUGCAUCCAACUUCGGGUGGUACGAUGGUACAGCAGACAGCGCCACAGGGGUUGCAACCCCACGGUAUUUUGAGUCCAUCAGCAUCAGGAACCGUUGAACAGACAGGGCCAGGUGGUAUUGGUGGAAUGAUAGUUCCACCAAAUGCCUAUCAAACACCUAUGUCGCACAGUCAAGAGCGGGCUGCAAUUCAACAGCAGAUGCAGGAAAUGUAUAAGUUGCCAAUGGCAGAUAAUCAGGAGAAGAUGAUGCGUCUACAGGAGCGUAUGGCUAUGCUUCAGCAACACGAAGCGGCCGACGGUUGUCAGGGCUUGGGGCCGCAACCGUGCUUGCUAAUGCAGAGCACCCAUCCUCCCCCGCUUUACCAUCCGCCAGCACCUGCAACGGCAGCCGCAGCAGCGGCGGCGGCAGCUGCAGCCGCUCAAGCGAUGAUCGAUAGCCCGCAGGUAACGAGCACGACUGGUCGUGGCCGUGGUCGUACUCCAUCGAGCAAACCACGUAAGUCGCGGGCGAAAAAAUCUGAAAAAACCGCUCAACAAGAAGCUGCCCCGAUACCAACUCCAUUGCUUGGGGUUGGUGGUGCUGGUUCUAUCAGUGGCGGGCUCAUCAUGUCUGGGGAUGAUACCUCUCAACCAAAUCUGCUAUCGACGGGAGCUCCGCCUACAACAACCAUGUUACCGGUUUCGGAGGAUUCCGUAACAGCGGGCACAGGACUGCCUGAGGUUAGCUCUGAUGGCUUUGGCCAUGAGCUGGCGCUAGAAGGAGGAGCUGGGACAGCCAGUGGCAUGGGUGGAGAUUUAUCACAAGAUAAUCUUUCCUGCAGUGGAGGUGACCUCGAUACAUCAACCGAUGCCUGUGGCAAGAAGAUAAAGAAACCUCGCAAACCGCGUGAAUCAAAGAAACCGUCCGCUAAGGGGGCAGCAGCGACUGACGAUGCGUCCAAUAUUUCUGUUGAAACAGCUGGUAAAGAACCGGCCAAAAAGGAAAGUAAACCGAAAAAGGAUUCUAAGAAAAAGAGCAAAAGCAAAAAGGGUGCUGCGAACGCUCCGACAAGUGACGGCGAAAACUCGAAUGAUGAGUCGAUGGUGGUGGAUAAUGUCGGAGCGCUCGCUUCAUCUGCAGACGAUGGUGAACAAGAGCUCUCGAAGGCAACGGUCACUACGAACGAGAACGAAGAGAAUCUUUCGCUGGCCACGUUAAUGCAUUCACAAGAUGAAGUCGCUCGCGCCGAUGCACCUCCGGUUGAUGAUGCGACUGCCAUGGCAGAGGGUGAUAGCGAAAUGACCGAAGCACUUGAACAACAUGAAGGAGCGGCAAAUAGCGUUCCACUCGUCACCUCAGAUGUUAUGGUCGACGGUUCGGCGAAGCCUAGUGACGAUAGUACUUCCACACUGGAUGCUAAUGCUUCGAUUGUUACGGCUGAAUGUAUAUCAGAGGCCGCUAGUGGUAUGGAAGGUAUUGGCGAACCGGUUGAAGAUGAACAGUCCGUGAAGGCUACUGCGAUAACUACUACAACAGGCGAAGUUUCCGAGACUGCUGGAGCUGGUGGGCUAGGCAUGGUGGAUGAGGUAACUGACUUCGAUGACAUUCCUGUUUCGAAAAUCAGCAAACUGCCCGCGGACUCGAUACCGCAGGAGGAAGGCGAAAAGAAGGAGCAAGACGAGAGUGCAGGCGGGGAAACGGAAACGGAAACGCCCUCGAAGAGUAAAAAGAAGAGUAGUAGCAGUAAGCGCAAGGAACCGGGUAGUGCCGAUGGAGGAAGCAGUGGCGGAAGCAGCAGAAACAGGAGUAGGCCAAGCGGUGGUAGUAGUGGUGGGGGCGGAUCCUCCUCGUCUCGCCGAAGUGGCAAGUCGGGAGGUGGAAGCUCAAAAAGCCGAUCACGUCGCAGUCGAAUGAUCGUGACCGAGUCAGAUGGUGAGGGAGAUGAUUUGCUCAGCACACCGCCACCUUCGCCUCCUCCGGAUAUGGAUGCGGACAGUUCAAAGCGACGGUCAGCUAGAAACACCCAGCGGAAGAAAUACGUUGAUGAUGUGAUGCUUCGCUUCUCGGAUGACGAAUCAGGGCUUUUAUCUCCUACACCUACCUCGAGCGGAGGACGUAAGGAUCGCCGCUCGGAAGGUGCUACGGUCGAGCGAAAAGAUGGUGUUGUUACGGCUAGUGAAGCCGGUGGAAUAGCGGGUAGUGAAGCCGCGGCAGGAGGCACCGUUGGAUUAGAUGGUGCCAUCGUCGGAACUACUGAUGCUAGUGGGGCACCCACUGGUUCCAUGGGUGUUGUUGGCGAGGGAGAGGAUAAGGUUAGCACAUCCGAUGCGACCCGAUCCGGAUUGCAGGAUGUCAGUGGUGAAGUGAAACUAGACGAAGCGAAUAAGCCGAACUACGUAUACGUGAACACAUCAGAAGAAGAUUCAAUGGUUGUACAGUUUGUGUUGGCCGUACGAAGGGGUAGGCGUGAACUCAAACCUGAGCCGCCGCCACCUCCACCAAAAGAGAAAACUCCCGAACCAUCGGCUUCGAGCCUAGAGGAGGAAGGUCUCAAAAGUGAAUCGAUCGCAAAAGACGGUGAGGAUAGUAGUAAUGUGGCCGUGAAGGUGGAAGUUACGGGUGACGACGACGGCAAAAAGGACGAUUCUUUAGUGGCCACCACCAGUGGUGAAGCUACUGAGAAGAUAGAAGAAGAAGAGAAACAUAAUGCAGAGCCUGACGCACCUUCUUCCCCGAAAACAACGAGCCAAGAAGGUAGUGAAAUCACGAGCGAACCCAAUAAAUCAUCUGAAUCUGCUGCAACUGAAGAUGAGGGGAAAAUUGGUUCAGCUACUACACUCGAAAAAAUGGAUACGGACGACCAGGCUGUGGAGAGAAAAGAGGAAUCUUCUGAAGACAAAUUGGUUGUUGAAGAGACAAAGAACAAAUCUGAGAGUGACUGCGCACCAGAAACUGAAACAAAGUCUUGUUCUGAAAGGAUGGAAACUGAAGUCACAGUUGAUGAAACAACCGCAGCGAAAACAAAUGAGGAGCCAGCAGAUAAGCAGAUGGAUGAUACAACGCAAGUUGAUGCUGAUGACUGCACGCGUCCAAAAACAGAAACCAGUGAAAUAAGCUGCGAUGAGAAGAAAUUGGAUGAUGGAGUUGCGGAGAAGAUGGAAGUAGACGCCACCGCAGAAGGGGAAACCAAAGAGCUGGACGAGAAAACAUCGUCGGAAUCCGUCAAAAAAGAGGCUGAAAGCAAAGACGAAACAAAUAGCACCAGCAACAGUGAAAAUGACAUAAAGAAGGAGGAGAAGGAAGGCGGUCAAUCGCAAGCGGAAGAAGAGGAGAAGAAACCCGAACCCGUUUAUAUCGAUGUGGACGAAUACUUUGUAAAGUACCGCAACUUCUCCUACCUACACUGCGAAUGGCGCACCGAGGAUGAACUCCUCAAAGGUGACAAGCGUGUUGGCAACAAGAUUAAACGCUUCUUGAUGAAGCAACAACAGCAGCUCAAUAUUUUCGAAAGUCUGGAUGAGGAAUCCUUUAAUCCUGAUUUUGUCGAGGUAGAUCGAGUGCUGGAUGUCUCGGAGUUGGUCGACGACGAGGGCAAAUCCGUGAAGCACUAUUUGGUGAAGUGGAAAAGCUUGCCAUACGAGGACAGCACUUGGGAGCUGGAGGAUGAUGUCGAUCAACCCAAGAUUGAUCAGUACUACAAGUUCAACAAAAUUCCUCCCAAGAGCGAGUGGAAAACGAAGAAACGACCUCAUCCGGAUCAGUGGAAAGCGCUUACAGAGUCACCGAUCUUUAAGGGUGGCAACAAGUUGCGCCCGUAUCAGUUGGAGGGCUUGAACUGGUUACGGUAUUCGUGGUACAAAGGCAACAACUGCAUACUGGCGGAUGAGAUGGGUCUCGGUAAGACGAUUCAGAGCUUAACGUUUGUUAACUCAGUCUACGAAUACGGCAUCCGGGGACCAUUCCUCGUGAUUGCACCCCUGUCGACCAUACCCAACUGGCAGCGCGAGUUCGAAGGAUGGACGGAAAUGAACGUGAUAGUGUACCACGGAUCGGCGACAAGCCGACAGAUGAUUCAAGAUUACGAGGUGUACUAUCGCACCGAAACCGGGAAACUGAUCCGAGACAUCACAAAGUUCAACGUGCUGAUCACAACGUUCGAGAUGAUUGUAACCGAUUAUCAAGAUCUGAAGAACUUCACGUGGCGUGCAUGCGUUAUAGAUGAGGCGCAUCGGCUGAAAAAUCGCAAUUGUAAGCUGCUGGAGGGUUUGCGUCAGCUGAAUCUGGAGCACCGUGUGUUACUUUCCGGAACACCGCUACAGAAUAACGUCAACGAGCUCUUUUCGCUGCUAAACUUCCUGGAACCGAGUCAAUUUUCGUGUAGCGAGGAUUUCUUGCGCGAAUUCGGUAGCCUGAAGACGGAGAGCGAAGUGCUGAAGUUGCAGGCGCUGUUGAAACCAAUGAUGUUGCGCCGUUUGAAGGAUGACGUUGAAAAGUCACUCGCUCCUAAAGAGGAGACAAUCGUUGAAGUGGAGUUGACCAACAUACAGAAGAAAUACUACCGUGGUAUCCUGGAGCAGAAUUUUUCAUUCCUAAUGAAGGGUACAACUUCAGCAAACAUACCAAACUUGAUGAAUACGAUGAUGGAGCUGCGCAAGUGCUGCAUUCAUCCUUAUCUGCUAAAUGGCGCCGAAGAGCAGAUACAGUAUGAUUACAGACAGCAGCAUGGCGAGGAUGCGGAAGCUUAUUACAAAAAUCUGAUUGUGUCGUCGGGUAAAAUGGUACUGAUUGAUAAGCUACUACCAAAGCUCCGUGCCAACGGGCACCGGGUAUUAAUCUUCAGCCAAAUGGUGCGUUGUCUGGACAUCCUGGAGGACUAUCUGAUGUACAAGAAGUAUCCAUUCGAACGUAUUGAUGGACGUAUUCGAGGCAAUCUCCGUCAGGCAGCCAUCGAUCGAUAUUCGAAGCCGGAUUCGGAUCGGUUCGUGUUUUUGUUAUGCACGAAGGCAGGAG